CUCAGCCCUCUUAGUCUAUAAAACGGUGUCGUUGCAUACGUUAAAUCUCACACGUUUCUGUCAGAGACAGGAGAAUCGGAGGGAAGAGACCAUUCACUUUUGAAAUCAAGGAAUUUCUAACACUUAUUACUUGACCAUCUCAAGUACCUGUACAAUCAUGCCUAUCACCAAAAUAUUUGCUCGUCAGAUAUUUGACAGUCGUGGAAAUCCAACAGUUGAGGUUGACCUUACCACUGACAAAGGUAUGUUCAGAGCAGCUGUCCCAAGUGGAGCAUCUACUGGAAUAUACGAAGCUCUUGAGCUUAGAGAUGGAGACAAGACAAAAUAUCAUGGCAAAAGUGUUGGAAAGGCUGUUGACAAUGUGAACAGUAUUAUAGCUCCAGCUCUUUUGGCCAAGAAUUUUGAAGCAACUCAGCAGGGGGAGAUUGAUGAAUUUAUGUUAUCAUUAGAUGGAACAGAAAAUAAAGCUAAACUUGGAGCUAAUUCUAUUUUGGGAGUAUCCUUGGCUGUUUGUAAAGCUGGAGCAGCACAAAAGGGUGUUCCCCUGUACCGUCACAUUGCUGACUUGGCUGGUUAUGGAGAUGUGAUCUUGCCAGUCCCUGCUUUUAACGUAAUCAAUGGGGGAAGUCAUGCUGGUAACAAGCUAGCUAUGCAGGAGUUUAUGAUCCUGCCAACUGGAGCUAGCUCCUUCACGGAGGCCAUGAAGAUGGGUAGUGAGGUGUAUCAUCAUUUGAAAAAUGUCAUCAAGAAGAGGUUUGGUCUUCAGGCCACUGCUGUCGGAGAUGAGGGAGGUUUUGCUCCUGACAUCCAGAGCAACAAGGAGGCCCUGGAACUUAUAAAAGAAGCUAUCCAAAUAGCUGGUUAUGUUGGUAAAAUUGAAAUUGGCAUGGAUGUGGCUGCUUCAGAGUUCCAUAAAGAGGGAAAGUAUGAUUUGGACUUCAAGAAUCCCAAUUCGGACUCUUCUCAGUGGCUCACACCUGAUGCACUUGCUGCCAUGUAUCAAGAAUUCAUUAGAGACUACCCUAUUGUAACUAUUGAAGAUCCAUUUGACCAAGAUCACUGGGAUGCUUGGACUUCUUUCCAGGCAGCUGUACAGAUUCAAGUUGUUGGUGAUGAUCUGACAGUAACAAACCCCAAGAGAAUCCAAAUGGCAGUGGAAAAGAAAUCUUGCAACUGUCUCCUGUUAAAAGUCAACCAGAUUGGAAGUGUAACUGAAGCCAUUAAGGCGCAUCAGCUAGCUAAAUCAAACAACUGGGGAACAAUGGUGAGUCAUCGUAGUGGUGAAACUGAAGAUACAACCAUUGCUGACCUGGUGGUUGGACUGUGCACAGGUCAGAUCAAAACAGGGGCUCCUUGUCGAUCUGAGCGACUUGCUAAAUACAACCAGAUCUUGAGAAUUGAGGAAGAGCUUGGUCCCAAAGCAAAGUAUGCUGGCAAGAACUUCCGGCACCCAGUUUAAGCUACUAUCUCUCAAUCUACCUUUUCAAUACUUUGCAUUUUUAGGUACUCCUAUGUCUUGGAAAACCUCAUAAUUAGAGUAGUUUUAAAGUUGAAAAUAUUACAGUACACAUGUUUUACUGGUUAAAUUAGAAUAGAGCUCUCAUUCCUUGGUGGACAAUGUAUUCUAAAUGGCACAUUAAUAAAGGCUGUAUUGUGACUGCGAA